CCUAGAGAGGCACGGUGGCUGGAUGACGCCUGAUGGUUCAACAGUCACUAUGACUGGACACAGCAGUGUUUACACCAGGAACUUGGCUGAAGGAUUCUCUGAGGCCUCCAACCCUUACAAAGCAUCAUCAGCCAGCGUUUGUUUGGCAGCCAUGGCUUGGCCCCGUGUGCGGCUGGUUGUCACCGCUGAUGACUUUGGUUACUGCCCGCGGCGCGAUAAGGGCAUCGUGGAGGCCUUCCUGGCAGGCACUGUGACCAGCGUGUCACUGCUGGUGAACGGCACAGCGGCAGAGAGCGCGGCCGAGCUGGCCCGCAGGCACAGCAUUCCCACGGGCCUUCACGCCAACUUGACUGAGGGCCGUCCUGUGGGUCCGGCUCGCCACCACGCCUCGUCGCUCCUCAGCCCGGAAGGCUUCUUUCUCGGGAAGAUGGGAUUUCGGGAGGCUUUAACGGCUGGAGAUGUUGCUUUGCCCCAGGUGCGGGAGGAACUAGAAGCUCAACUCAGCCGCUUCCGGGAGUUGUUGGGCAGGUCCCCCACGCACGUGGACGGGCACCAGCACGUGCACGUGCUCCCAGGCGUGUGUCAGGUGUUCGCAGAAGCUCUGCAGUCGUUCCGGGUGCGCUUCACACGGCUACCAGUGGAACGCGGCGUGGGCAGCUGCGCGUGGCUGGAAGCGCCAGCGCGUGCCUUCGCCUGUACGGUGGAGCUGGACGCCCGGGCCGCCAUGGGCCCCUUCUCCCGCCACGGCCUGCGGUGGACCGAUGCCUUUGUGGGCCUGAGCACUUGUGGUCGACAUAUGUCUGUUCACCGAGUCUUGGCAUCACUGGCGCGGGCCCUGGAAGAUAUACCUGCUGACCGCGCCCUGACUGCUGAACUGAUGGCACAUCCAGGAUACCCCAGUGUGCCUCCAGACGGGGGCUGCGGUGAGGGUCCUGAUGCUUUCUCUUGUUCUUGGGAGCGGCUGCAUGAGCUGCACGUCCUCACGGCACCCACGCUGCGGGCUCGGCUGGCCCAGAAUGGUGUGCAGCUCUGUGCCAUAGAUGACCUGGAUUCUAAAAGGCCUGGGGAAGGGGUCCCCUGUGAGGCAACUCUGGAGCCCUUCCUGGAGCCUUCCCCACCCUGACACCAAAGGCCAGCUACAGACUGCCUCUCUUGUAGAGGAAGGCCAGAGCUAAAGCUCUGGUUCAGCCUGGAACCAGGCCUUGGAGCAGGGGCCUGGCUUUCCAGGGUGACAAGUCACUAACCCUGUCCCCAGGUCCUCACAGGACCUCGAGGCUGACAGACGGGGAGUCUGUGAAGUCUGAUUUAAGGCCUGCUGAGCAUUUGGUGCCAAUUUAUGUUACAAUUACAACCACUUGUUUAGUGGAGCAGUGGAGAGAGGUUGGUGUGUUAAUAAAAUGUCUUUCAGAUUUG